CGUUUUUUAUUGGCUGGUGAUUUUCCCUGCGCGUUUGAGGCCGGAGCGCGUUUUUUCCCCAUUUUAAAAUCAGAUUAAUUUUUUUAAAAUUAAAGUUGAGGCCGCUCUCGGUGAAUUAUCGCCGGGUUCAGUUGCGUGACGAUGAGAGUGAAAGUGGUGGAGGCGGACUCCGAGUUCCAGCCCGAGCUGACGAACGCCGGCUGCAGGUUAGCGGUGGUGAAGUUCACUAUGAAAGGGUGUGGACCUUGUGUGCGAAUUGCUCCGGCUUUCAAUGCAUUGAGUUCCAAAUACCCACAUGCUGUUUUUCUGGAAGUUGAUGUGCAUCAGUGUCAGCAAACUGCAACAGCCAAUAACAUCACAGCAACACCAUCUUUUUUGUUCUUCCGAAAUAAAGUGAAAAUCGACCAGCUUCAUGGAGCAGACGCUAGUGGAUUAGAAGAGAAAAUUAAGCAGCAUCUAGAAAAUGAUCCUGGAAUUGAAGAUUUGGACAUUCCAAGAGGAUAUAUGGAUCUGAUGCCAUUUAUAAAUAAGGCUGGCUGUGAAUGUCUUAAUGAAAGUGAUGAAUAUGGAUUUGAUAACUGUCUACAGAAAGACACAACUUAUUUGGAAUCUGAUUGUGAUGAACAACUUCUUGUGACAAUAGCAUUUAACCAGCCAGUCAAACUUUAUUCAAUGAGGCUUCAGGCUCCUGAGAAUGGCCGUGGACCCAAGUUUGUAAAAAUAUUCACCAAUCUGCCACGUUCAUUUGAUUUUGAUGAUGCGGAAAGAAGUGAACCAACUCAAACCCUGGAGUUAACGCCAGAUGAUGUUAAAGAAGAUGGAGUUGUCCCACUGCGCUACGUCAAAUUUCAGAAUAUUAAUAGUGUAACACUUUUUAUCAAAUCGAACCAAGGCGAUGAGGACACCACAAGAAUUAACUAUCUUGCAUUUAUUGGAACUCCUGUGCAAACCACAAAUAUGUUGGACUUCAGGCGGAUUGCUGGAAAGAAAGGAGAAAGCCACUAACUGAUUGAAGGGCAAAACAGGGUAUGCAUCGAUAGGACAACGCUCAACCAAUAUUGUACUUUCAGGAUCCUUGCAAUAUCAUCAACACCAUGACUCGAUUUGGUUCUCUUGCUUCCAGACAUGAAAGCAAAUCAUUGGGUUCAAAUAUUUUGUGGAUUAUUCUUGAAUGUAAUAAACUGGUUUAAUUAUUCUUGGCAAAUGGGAAAAUCAUCCUGAAGGUCUCAUUGGAUUGCACCUGGAAGUUAGAGUUGUGCACUUAGCCUUGCUGUAACUAGCCAGCCUAAACGUGGUGAUUCUUUUUAGAUCUUCACAUGGAUUCCGGUGGGUGAGCAGGUAGCUGUUCCUCUAAAUUUAUGAAAUAAUAAAAUGAUUGCAUUUGCUGUCUGUCGACUCUAAUGCUAACAGUGUUGAAUAAUUAAAAUAAUGUUUACCUAAUAGUGACAACUGUGAUUUUUUUUUUGAAGUCAACAGCAGAUACAAUUAAAGAAAGAUUUGGAUAUUGGCUUAAUUUGUCAGAUUAUUAACUUUUUAUACUAGAUCUAGUUCAAAUUUGAUCUGGCUAGCCUUAAACAACUUCUGUCUUUCAAUCUUAUGAAAAUGUUAAGUGCCUCUUUGCCUUGCGAUUUCAUCAGAAAGAUGUUAAAGCAUAUGACUUUGUCACUUAAGUUGAAUGAUUCUAAUUAUAAUUUGCAUUGGUCCACUUGUAAUUCAGUGGCAAAGCGUGGAAUCAGACCUCACCUACCAUCCCGACCACCUGGAUUUAAGUUUCACUGCAUACUCCUGAUCUUAUCUAAUUCUCCAGUUUUGUGUGGCAAAAGUACUGUGUUUUCAGGUGUGCUGUGGAUAUUGAAGCUCUGUCUGCCUCUGUCUCAGGAGAGACAGAGAGGAGCCUGGGGAUUAAGCCCAGCAUCUUGUCCGAUAUUUAACCUGCAAUCAGCCUCACUGAUGAUAGGACCUUUGUCACGUUGCUGUACAUGGGAGCUUGGGUGUUCAAAUUCACUAAACUGCAACAGUAAGUUUUAGAGCUGUUAUAUUUAAAGCACAGGGAAAUUACUGCGUUUCAUUUGUAUGUUAAUUGGACUUUAACAGCAAGAAUUAAUAAAGACCUGUAACAGCAAGAAAACACCCUUUUUAAAAAAAAGAUUAAAAACUGAUUUUUUUGGGGUAUGCUUUCCAUGUUGUGAAGAGCAAUCUACCUGCUUUUGUGAAUGCUAACUGCACCAGAAGGUUCAGUGCUGUCCUAAAACUUGAGUGCUCAGAAGUCACCUUAAACAAGGCUCCUGUGUAGUCCUAAACACCUAAUAUCUUUAACCUGUCCCGAUGGAAGUGAAAUUGACAUUUUGCUGCUCUGUACAACAUGUAAAACAAAAUGAUUAUUAUCAAAUUAAAUUCUUACAACUAAGAUUUGAAGAU